AUGUCUUUAAAGGCUUGCCAUGGAUGUACGUCUGUAUCCAAAUGUGAUUGCAGUGGAGUGAAAGGUGAAAAGGGUGAAAGAGGAUUCCCAGGCUUGGAAGGACAGCCAGGUUUGCCUGGAUUUCCAGGACCUGAAGGACCACCUGGUCCAAGAGGCUUGAAGGGUGAUGAUGGACUUCCAGGACCUAUUGGACCCAAAGGAAUCAGAGGACCGCCAGGUCUUCCAGGAUUUCCAGGAACACCAGGACUUCCUGGUUUACCAGGACAAGAUGGGCCACCAGGACCUCAGGGUAUCCCAGGAUGCAAUGGAACAAAGGGAGAGCGUGGAUUCCCUGGCAGUCCAGGUUUUCCUGGUUUACAAGGGCCUCCUGGACCUCCUGGUCUGCCAGGUAUGAAGGGUGAAGCAGGUGAAAUAAUUACAUCCUUGCUGCCAGGACAGAAGGGUGACCCAGGAUUUCCAGGUCUUCCAGGGAUACCUGGCCCACCCGGCUCCGUGGGAGUACCAGGUCCAAUUGGCCCUCCAGGGCCCCCGGGUUUGACAGGACCUCCUGGUCCACCAGGGCUGCCAGGACCUAAGGGUAAUAUGGGUUUGAAUUUCCAAGGACCCAAAGGUGAAAAAGGUGAACAAGGUCUUCAGGGACCUCCAGGGCCACCAGGACAAAUUGGAGAACAGAAGAGACCAAAUGACAUUGAGUUUCAGAAAGGAGAUCAGGGUAUUCCAGGUGAUCCAGGUCCACCAGGACUUCCUGGGCCACAAGGCCCUCCUGGUCUUCCCGGUGGCGUAAAAGGUGAAAAAGGUGAGCAAGGAGAACCAGGCAAAAGAGGAAAGCCUGGCAAAGAUGGAGAACCUGGCCAGCCUGGUAGGGAUGGUUUACCCGGUGGACCUGGAAUGAAUGGUGUUCCAGGAAGGGACGGUGAAAAGGGUGAAAAAGGUGACAUUGGUCCCCCUGGUCCUCCUGGAAUUGUCAUUUCAAGACCAGGCAUUGAUGCAGCAGUGGGACCAAAAGGUAGCAAAGGAUUGCCAGGACUUCCAGGAGCCAAAGGGGAGCGUGGAUUCUCUGGCAGACCAGGCCCUCCUGGCUUGCCAGGUUCUCCAGGGAUCACUACUGUUGGACCUCCUGGCCCACCUGGCUUACCUGGUGAGAGAGGACAAAAGGGAGAUCCAGGUUUACCUGGUGUUUCUAUUCCUGGGCAACCAGGACCUGAUGGACCACGAGGACCUCCAGGACCACCAGGUCCCCCAGGGCCACCUGCACCAUCUAUUCCUCCUGGUGAAGGGUUAUGUGAGCAGGGGCCGCCAGGUCCUCCAGGAAUUCCGGGACAACAAGGCUUUACAGGGGAGCGAGGCCAAAAAGGUGAUCAAGGAGACACAUGCUUCAAUUGCAUAGGAACUGGAAUAACUGGGCCUCCUGGUGAGAGAGGACCACCAGGACCUCCGGGUAGUCCAGGUUCUCCUGGUUUUCCUGGACCAAAAGGUGAAAAGGGGCUUCCUGGAUUAACUGGCCUUGUAGGGCCACCAGGAUUUCCGGGGCCCCCAGGCGCUCCUGGGAGACCUGGUCCUAAAGGAGACCCAGGGGAUGUCCUGACUUCUCCAAGAAUGAAAGGUGACAAAGGAGAACCUGGCUUCCCAGGACCUCCAGGUCUUCCUGGCUUAGAUGGCACUCCUGGACGAGAUGGACUGCCAGGUCUACCUGGCCCUAAGGGGGAACCUGGCAGUGUUGCAUUCAAAGGAGAAAUGGGUAUUCCAGGUGAUCCAGGAAUACCAGGUCCUCCUGGAGACAAAGGACUUCCUGGACCUCCUGGUUUUGGUCCACAAGGUUCACCUGGUGAAAAGGGCAUCCAAGGUGUAUCAGGCCGUCCAGGGCCUCCUGGAGUUCCUGGUCCAAAAGGUGACCCUGGCCAGACUAUUACAGAACCAGGAGUUCCUGGUCCCCCUGGUCCUCCAGGAAGAAGCGGUGACCCAGGUCUUCCAGGAGAUCCUGGUCAGCCAGGUCAGCGUGGCUUACCAGGCAUCCCAGGUGCAAAGGGAGACCCGGGUAUUCCUGGCAUUGGACUUCCAGGUCCACCAGGCCCAAAAGGUUUCCCAGGGACUCCAGGCCCUCCUGGAGCUCCAGGAACUCCAGGUCGGCCUGGUCUAGAUGGACCUCCUGGACCACCUGGUUUCCCAGGACAGAAGGGAGAUCGUGGAUUUGGAGUUCCGGGACCACCUGGACCUCCAGGACCACCAGGCACAAAAGGAGUUCAAGGACCUAAAGGUGAUCCUGGCUUCCCAGGAAGCCCCGGUCUCCCAGGACGGGCCGGUUUUGAUGGAACUCCAGGGCCCAAAGGUGACCCUGGACCAAGCGGACCACCAGGACUCCCAGGCCCACCAGGCAUCCCUGGCAUUGGUGGACAAGGUCCACCUGGACCUCCAGGACCUCCGGGUCCUGUUGGCCCCCCAGGGUUGCAGGGCCUUCCAGGAGAGAAAGGGGAUCCGGGUCCUCCAGGCUUCGACGUUCCUGGUCCUCCAGGUGACCGAGGAACCCCAGGUUAUCCAGGACCCCCUGGUCUCCCAGGGCCUCAGGGUUCACCUGGACCACCUGGCCGGGAUGGAAUACCUGGAUUUCCAGGUGCCAAAGGUGAGAUGGGCGUCAUGGGAGCUCCUGGUCCUCCAGGGCCUCCAGGAACUCCUGGAAGAAGUGGCCUGCCUGGCUUGAAAGGUAAUAAUGGACUACCUGGUCCACCUGGGCCUCCUGGACCAGUAGGACAGAAAGGCAUCAAAGGUGAAGCAGGCCUGCCAGGUCCGCCUGGAAAAGUUGAUCCGAAACAGCUAGGAGCAAAAGGAGAAAAAGGCGAGCCCGGUGUUCCAGGUAUUCCUGGUUUAUCAGGACAGAAAGGUUAUCAAGGUCUCCCAGGUGACCCAGGCCCACCAGGACUUACUGGCCCACCAGGUGUGCCAGGAUUGCCAGGCAUCAAGGGAGACACAGGGCUUCCUGGGCAGCCAGGACCAACAGGACCUCCAGGGUUAAAAGGUGCCAUGGGAGAGAUGGGCCUUCCAGGUCCCCCAGGGAUUAAAGGCAGCCAAGGAAUAGUAGGACGUCCAGGGCAGCCUGGGCCUGCAGGAUUUCCUGGACUUAAAGGGGAGAAGGGUGACCCAGGUCUUCCAAGCAUCGGUAUUCCUGGUCUCCCUGGACCAAAGGGUGAUAUUGGUUUGCCUGGAUACCCAGGUGCUCCAGGCAGUAAAGGAAUAGCAGGAAAUCCUGGUUUGCCUGGAUUUCCAGGCAGUCCAGGUGCAAAAGGAGAACCAGGCCUUCCUGGAUUCCCAGGAACGCCAGGAAUUCCAGGACCAAAAGGUAUUGAGGGGCCUCCAGGUAAUCCUGGCCUGCCUGGACCACCCGGGCCAGUAGGUGACAUUGGUCGUCCUGGUCCUCCUGGUCCUGCAGGGGAGAAGGGACAGCCUGGUCGAGAUGGUAUCCCUGGGCCAGCUGGUCAGAAGGGCGAGCCAGGUCUACCAGGUUUUGGGCGCCCAGGACCUCCAGGACUCCCAGGAUUGUCAGGGCAAAAAGGAGAACUGGGGUUACCUGGCCCACCGGGGCCCCCUGGGCUUCCAGGUCUGAAGGGAGAACCAGGUUUCCAGGGAUUCCCUGGUCUACAGGGUCCACCAGGUCCACCAGGAUUACCAGGGCCACCUCUGGAAGGUCCUAAAGGUAGCCCUGGCCCCCCAGGUGUUCCAGGAAGGCCAGGUCCCUCAGGUCCUCCAGGUCCACCAGGCCCAGAAGGUCCACGAGGGCCACCAGGCAAUGGAGGACUUAAAGGGGAAAAAGGGAACCCGGGUCCACCUGGCCCCCCUGGCCUGCCUGGUCAAAAGGGAGAUCAAGGACAACCCGGACGCCAGGGGGAUCCUGGUCGUCCAGGUCUGAAUGGAAUGAAGGGCGACCCUGGGGUUCCAGGCGUUCCAGGAUUCCCAGGUAUGAAGGGUCCCACUGGACCUGCAGGACCCGCUGGCCUCACAGGCAGUCAAGGACUGCCAGGCCCACCAGGUCCACCGGGUUUGCCAGGUACCAUCGGACGAAGCAUUGUUGUCAAAGGUGACCCUGGUCCCCCGGGUCCUCCAGGACAGCCUGGGUCGAAAGGGCCACCUGGAUUGCCAGGGCCACAGGGAUUGCCAGGUCCAAUUGGUCUUCCUGGUGACCCAGGACAAGAUGGACUACCUGGUUUUGAUGGUCCAGCAGGACGUAAAGGAGAGAGAGGUCUUCCAGGCCAACCAGGUUCACGAGGAAUACAGGGACCUCCUGGUCCUGAUGGCUUACAAGGCCCACCCGGUCCUCCUGGAACAGCUUCUGUUGCUCACGGAUUCCUUAUAACUCGGCACAGCCAGACCAGGGACACACCACUAUGUCCACAAGGAACAUCAAGAAUAUAUGAUGGAUUCUCUCUUCUGUACGUGCAAGGAAAUGAGAGAGCACAUGGCCAGGAUUUGGGUACUGCUGGGAGCUGUCUUAGACGUUUCAGCACCAUGCCCUUCAUGUUCUGCAACAUCAACAAUGUUUGUAAUUUUGCAUCAAGGAAUGACUAUUCCUACUGGCUAUCAACUCCAGAGCCGAUGCCGAUGAGCAUGGAGCCGCUGACUGGGCAAAGCAUCCAGCCAUUCAUUAGCCGCUGUGUUGUGUGUGAAGCUCCUGCCAUGGUGAUAGCUGUGCACAGUCAGACCAUCCAGAUUCCUUCGUGUCCUCAAGGCUGGGACUCCCUUUGGAUCGGUUACUCUUUCAUGAUGCACACUAGUGCUGGAGCAGAGGGCUCUGGACAGGCCUUGGCAUCACCGGGAUCCUGUUUAGAAGAAUUCCGCUCAGCUCCGUUUAUUGAAUGCCACGGUCGUGGCACCUGUAAUUACUACGCCAAUUCAUAUAGUUUCUGGCUGGCAACUGUAGAGGUGUCAGAAAUGUUCAGUAAACCUCAGUCAGAGACACUGAAAGCUGGAGACUUGAGGACGCGUAUUAGUCGGUGUCAAGUUUGCAUGAAGAAGACGUAAUGUCUUGGAAAAUGUUUUAUAAAACAGUUGAAAAUUCCUAAGAUGCACUGUCUUCCAGCUGCAACAAUGGUGCUACUGUGCAGAAAGAAAAUAAAAAAAACAAAUCCAAACUGUUUUAACCAUGCAAAUUCAAGUGUACCUCACUGGUGUGCCAAACUAAGGGUUGUUUGGUACACAUUUGACAACAGGACUAAGAUGAAAGAAUUGACCUCUUGGAAACGGAAGAGAACACUUGAGGUUCACAAAGGAUCAGAAGAUGAAAUUUUUCAUUUCUCUCCCUGUACCAAAAUGGCACCUUUUUGAUCAACCAAGAGAACCACGAUGCACUGAGUAUGUUUAAAAUAACAAGACUGCAGUUUUGAAAAACAUUUUUCAUGGUGCUACUAACCCUACUGUAUCCCAGGUUUUUAAUAUGAAAUUGUAAGCUUAUUUCUCUUUGUAAGUAAUGAAAUGUGUAUAUUGUGUAAACACGUUUUUAGUUGAAACUUUCAGUCAUUUAGAAACAAACCAGACUCUGAUAUAAAAAUGCUUAUGUCUAAAAUUAAAACAUACAGCAGUAUUUUAUUAUGAAACUUGUGGUACAGAGAGACUUUACCCCUCUUACACCAACUUAUUCAUUUAGUAUUUCAUUUCCUUCCUCAGUUACCAACCUGAUAACUUUGGGGAAUGCACAAUUAUUCUGAAGUCAUUUUGAUCAGGGUUUUU